AUGCGGGGCAUCAGAAUGCAAUCGUCGCAGAGCAAGGCCCUAUCGGGUGCAGCCUUGCCACCAGCCUUCACGUUGGCUACCCUUCGGUCAUUUCCGUCGCUUGAACCUCUGACGUUCGUACCGGUCCCUGCAUCAGUGCUGGACGCGCCCUUAAGAAGGGACAUAUUAUGGAAAGCGGUGGUCUACGAAAACGAUAACAAGCGUGUGGGGUCCUCGAAUCCCCCCGGCAGAAGCGAGAAUGGGUACUCGCGGCGCAAACUGCUGCCGCAAAAGGGCUCGGGUAAGGCCAGAGCUGGUGACGCCAACUCGCCUACGAGGCACAACGGCGCUAGAGCGCUAGCCCGGAGCGCGCCCAACGACUACACCACAAAGCUGCCACAGAAGGUAUACUCUCAGGCGUUCAUUAACGCGCUGAGCUACCAGUACAGACGCGGCAAUCUUUUCAUCAUCGGUGGCACGCAUAGCUUGUGCGAGACGCACGAUCUCGACGUUAACGAGCUGGAGGUUCUUCCUACCUCGCUCGAAAACGACGACGGCGAGCUGGUAUUUGAGAAAUUCCUCCAAGAGCACGAACUACAAAAACAAAACCUGCUGUUCGUCAUAAACGCGCCAAGAGGUGGCCUUUUCAGGUACUCCGAGCCUUUCAAGGAGAACGUGAACAUUGUUCAAAAGGAAUUUGUCGACGUCAACGACAUUUUGAAGGCGCGCCGCAUCUUCAUCGAGCUCGAGGCCCUAGAGUACCUUGCUGUCACACAUUCCAUAUAA